GACGGACUCUAUGUGACCCCGCAGGAGGUUAAGGUUCUUGAAAUCGCCCUCGGCCAACGAUACUCUGUGAUGAUAGAGCUUGACCAGUCUCCUGGCAACUACUACCUUCGAUUCGCUACUUAUCCAAACGGUGACAUGCAGCAGGUCUUGGAAGGCCAGGCAAUAGUGUCCUAUGAUACCACCGGAAACGAUACACAGGAUAUCUCUGUUGAUCCGAUGUCUGUUUGGAUGUUGACUAACGGAUCCGCUACACAAGGUGCCAAUGAACUGGUAGAAUCACGCCUGGCACCGUUUGAGGGUAAUAGACCUCCCACUACAGCUGCCGAUGUCACCCGAUUCUUCAAUAUCAAUCAGACCGACAUUGUCACCUGGGUUGUGGACCAGUAUCCGUAUGCCGAACCAACGAUUCCAAUAAUCUACGGUAACAUGUCAGAUGGAUGGAAUGCGAACACCACCCUCCAUUCACCGACGAAUUCGACAGUCGAUAUCGUGAUGAAUGUGGCAAAUGGCUCGUUGGAUACAAUGGGCCAUCCAAUGCACCUUCAUGGCCAUAAAUUCUGGGUUCUAGGUUCUGGCAGUGGCUCAUUCCCUUACCAGUCGGUUGCAGAAGCGCCGCCGUCCCUGAUUAACCUCGACAACCCUCCGUACAGGGAUACGGCGAAUUUGCCACCAUCGGGAUGGCUGGCAAUUCGCUAUAUCACUGAUAACCCGGGCGCAUGGAUACUUCAUUGCCAUAUCCAGUGGCAUAUUGUGUCUGGAAUGGCGGUGGUCUUAGUCGAGGGCGAAGAUCAGCUCGAUGCCCUAAUUCGGCAAGGUAAUAGCCCGGAUCCAACCACGCCAUUGAAAUCCGGUACCGCACCGUCGUAUAUUUUCAACUUUUCUAGAAGUUUGAUCGCUCUUGGCACUAUGCUGAAUGCGCUGGUCGCGUUUCCAUAGCGAGCAGCUGGUUGCGUCUCCGUGUCUUUUUUUCUUGCCAGAUUUGCUUUUAUCCACGUUAAUAGUAGAAGUCAAGUAUUCUCUACGGGCAGCGCAUGUUUACAGGUAUAUAUGAUAGUCGCACUGCAGCGGCUUUAUUAACAAAACUGGGGUUAUCUCCUAUUAUCUGAAAUCCUGUAAAGAGUGGAAUUCGACUCUUUCCAAGGCAAUUUGCCACAGGAGCAAUGUUCGGUGGUUUCGCUUCAUCGCUGCUGAACCUUACGGCAAAAUGACUUGACAUUUCUUCCCUGAAAAUUGUCGAUCAAUACCGUUCUUCCCCUCAAAAGCACUAAACUGGUGUAGCAGGCCAGUUAUUUCUGGAGGAAGAGUUAGUCCAUCCAUACGCAGAUGGGUAUAUGUGAAAUGCUCAAAACUUACACCGCAUGCACUGCAAGUGCAAUCCUUUGUGGAGCAAGUGCAGCUCUGGGGUCCAGUACAGGAACAGGUGGAUCCGCAGUUGCAGGCCAUAUUCGCAGAAUAAUAGGUAGUGGUCGCUGAAUAUAUUGAAUGAUGUCGGAUAAAUUUGAUUGAUCUACUCGCAACAGGUCUGGGGACCUUGGGAGCCUUUAUAACUGUCUGUAAGCAGGGUAAAAGGACAAAUAAGUCAUCGAAAAUAGACGUCAUGACAUUAGGCAGGCUGUGGUCAUGAAAGUGGGUUUGAUUUGACGAAGAGCAAGGUCUAAACGUCAUUAAUAUGGGAGAACAGCCGCGCCACCAAAUGCCAAACAUGGACAGCUCAAGCAUUCUUUCUUACUUUGAAGAAAUAAAGUUU